AUGAAAGUUGAAGGUGAUUGGUUGCUGGAGCUGCUAUCAUUAGUUUACAUAACACUUGCAGUUUAGUUGUUCACCCAUCAACACUCUCUCUCUCUCAAUCUUUCUUUCUUUUUUAGAACCGACAUGGCUCCCAACACAUAGGAAUCUUAAGCUUUCUCUCUCUCAGUCUCACAGUCCUUGUGAUCUUUGACCUCUUUCCACUAGACUUUGGACAUUUAAACUAUGCAAACUGAGUACCGCAAGGAGAGAGAGGAGCAUUUCUCGCCGCCUCCACAGAUUUCUUGUUUGUGGAAUAUUGCUUUUGGAUCUCCGGCGUUGACUACGGAGAGCCUGUCUUCUGACUCAUUAGCCGGAGUUAAGGUAGUUACUCCAGAGACGAAGUCAGAGCAAGGUGUGGAUAAACAAAGCUCUGCAACUCUCUUGACGUUCUCACCUGGUGGUGGUAAGAGUUCAAUAGAUGUGUCAAAGCCUCAUGCUGCUUUCACCGUGCAACCGGCCUGCUUCGAGUUUGGAUUUGCUCAGCCAACGAUCUACACAAAGCAUCCUGAUCAUGUGGAACCGUACUAUGGAGUUGUUUCAGGCUAUGGAUCUCAGAUAUCUCCAGGCCGGGUCAUGCUGCCUCUAAAGAUGGAGACAGAAGAAGAUGAUACCAUCUUUGUGAACUCGAAGCAGUACCAUGGAAUCAUCAGGCGGCGCCAGUCCCGUGCUAAGGCUGCUCUGAAGAACAAAAUUAGCAGCUGCCGCAAGCCAUAUAUGCAUCACUCGCGCCAUCUCCAUGCUAUGCGCCGUCCUAGAGGAUCCGGCGGGCGUUUCUUGAACGCCAAGAAAGCAGAUGCUGCUUUACAGUCUAAGCCAAGCACUUCUCAGUGUUCUGAAGUCUUUCAUCCCAAAAAUGGGACAAUUGUGUCGGAUUCAGAUGUUACAAGUAUGGAUCACUUUCUAAGUUCGUCGGUUCAUUCUAAUGUCAGCAAUAUGGUCAUGCCUAGCAAGUGGAUUGCAGCAGCAAUGGACAUUCUCAAAAUCUGAAUUAUCAAAUGGGGACAAGACAUGAUUUGGUGAAACAUAUCUCUCUUGUCAUGUUCCUUAUGUUUCAGCCAAACGAAGAGAUAGUUUCUUGUCCAGAAAAAGGGACAAUGAGAUUUUGUUUUGACUGUAAACAGGCAAGUCAUCUUUGGCUCAUCCUUUCAAAGGCUUUUUUCUUUCUUCCUCUGUUUUUUCUUAUACGCAUCUUCAAGACUGGUGAGUAAAUUUUUAAUUUAGCUUCUGAAGAAACAAUGAUUGGUUUUCUACUA